CGCACGCGAGUUGCUCGUGGUGAACGAACCCUUAGCGACCGACACGGGCAAUAAACGCGUUGUUCCUUCUCGGCAGCAAUCGCGUUUCCACCACCUGAACUGGGUUAUUUUCGCGAGGGUUGUUGUCGCGCGAGCUGUCUCACGCCAGAUGCUCACCAAAUCGACAAACUUUCACCUGUACAACUCUUGUUCUCGCCGACUGCUCGGCGGCCGAAUCAACGCCAGCAUAAUUCCUACCGCAGUCGUGGCUGAAAACCUUCAGAGUGGCUCGAAGUACGACGCAAGCACGACCGCCCUUUCGUCGCUCUCAUUCGCAAACACAUGUGUUUGGCAGCAUUACGAGAGGGCCAGGUGCAUGUUACGAGUCUUUUGAAGCUUUAUCUCCGAUCGUCAGGUCAUUCAAGCCCAUCGCAAUGUCGCCGGCACCAAAUUCCAUUGGAGGUGGCUGGAAGGCGAGGUCACGCGGCUCAAUUGCCGGAGUCCAGGUCAUCAGCGAGCCUGCCAUCAAAGAGUUGCAGAUUCUGUAUCCCGCGCACAAGAGCCCGUCGGAGAUGUUUUUACCGCGGACCACCCCGCUGAAGGUGGCGCCGGUCGUCCCGCGGCGCGUCUACACCCGCAGCCUGACGAUGACGACGCCCCCGGAGGCCGUGUCAGCGGUGGUAGACGAUGCGUCGGUGCUGCCGUCACGGCCGCCGCGCAGAGUGACGUUCGAUCUUUCCGGUAGCACCACCAACGGAGCAGCUGGCGAACUAGGCAACCAGCACGGCGGCUGCGGCGGCAACGGCACGCAGCAGCAGGCCGGCGCUAACAGUGUCUCCGACAUCGCCGGAGUGACCAACUGGCUAAGGAGCCGCCGUCACAACGCUAACAAGGAGAGUUUCAGGAUAAAGAUCGCCGUAAACCGGCGUUUCUCAAGCGUGCACUGCUCUUUCGACAACGUGAUCAACAACAACAACUUCAUUCUCACGCAAAGCAACAGGAACCAAGUGAACGGCCAGCACAAAGGAAGCGGCCUCCGACGCUUUUCGAGCAUCGCUGCCAUCGACGCAAAAAAACUGCCGCCCACAGUGGGGCCGCCGCCAACUGCCUCCAAUGGGGGCGGUUGCUUUGCGGCCACCUCGGCGGCCGCCAUCUCACUCGUUCGCGUGUGCCGAGAGGGCGACGAGUCUGGCCUCCAGGAACUCAUGACUGGAGCAAACGGCCUCCAGCUCCAGCCUUCAGAUGUCAACUGUUUUGAUUCGUCUGGAAGGACGCCUGUGAGCUACAUCGCGUCAAGCGGCUCAUUGGCGAUGCUCGAGGCCCUGGCCCAGUUUCCGGCCGUGGACUUCAACUACCCGGACAACGAGGGCAACACUCCAUUGCACUUCGCCGCCCAGGCCGGUCACGUUGAAGUGCUGAAUCUGCUCCUGAGUCGUUGCUCGAGCGUUGAAGUGGACUCACGUAACUCGCUAGGAUUCACCCCACUAAUGAAAGCAGCUCUGCAGGGAAGAACUAAGUGCGCGAAACUUUUGCUCUUUGCAGGUGCAUCGCCAGCUUUGCGAGACCUCGGCCGCGGCUUCCGAGCGGAGCAAUGGGCGCGCUACUGCGGCCGCCACAUGUGCGCCGAAGUGAUCGACAAGUUUUCUCGGCACCGGCUGCUGGAGCGAGCAGGGGCAACGCACCCUAACGCGGCCGUCGGCGGCCGCUGGGGCAGCGAACCGGAGCUUACGGCCCAGGCGUGCCCCCCGCAGGCAGCGCCCCCCUCCUCCUCCGGGGGCUCGUGGCUGAAGAGCAAGCUGAAGAGGGCCUUCAAGUCGUCGCCUUCAAACCAAGACUCGCCGUCCAAGGCGUCCAAACACCCACCCCAAGAGCCAGCGGCACCGCCGCCGGCCCCCGCAUCCACCCCUCCCCUCACCCCGCGAGUCUUCAUUGUGCCGAAGGUGCAGGUGACACCCGCGGGGGCCGCGUUGAGCUCUGCAGACGCUGACCAGGCUGAGCAGCAGCGAUCGGCAGCCAACGCCCGCCGGAAAAAAUAGCAGGAGGAGGAGGAAUUUAUUCGUUACCUCCUGUACGAAUGAAUUCAAACUCGCGGACCGAAAAGUGAGCUCCAUAUGGUGCAGUGUACAUGAUUUCAUAGUUAGCACUCUAAUUAUCAUCUUGGAUAGCAUGUGAUUUCUUGCUGAAGGCUUGGCAAUGAAGAUUGGCCUCUGCUGAUGAUUGUGCUGUGGAAUUCAGCUUGUAAAUUUUUGAAAUACCAUUAGAUAUAUACUGUACAUGUAUUUGGUUCAUAAGUUAAGUCCUAUGUCGUAAUUUUUUAAUUCAUGAACUUUGAGUGUGACGGAAGAUGAAAAUUUCCUCGCUUUAUUAUCUCUUAAUGUGAUUCAACUAAAUGAAGGUUGGAACCAAAUACGGCGUUAAUUAUCACACGGGAUUUAUGAGGGGGUAUUAUGAAUGGAUAGGCCUUCACAGCUUUGAUUUCUACGUUCCCCUGGGGGCACGCAGGAACUGAUAGGGGUGGGUGUACGUGAGUUGGGUGGCGAUAAGCCAGGAAUAGCUACUAAUUACCGCGCUAUGUGUCGAGUCAACAAACCACAAGCACCUGCAAAAUGCACCAACAUAUAAAAAUACAUAACAAUAUUGGGAAUAUAAAAAUUAAAUCCAAUCAAGUUCAUUGUUGUUCACCAUACAAAGUAACCAGCAUUGAAUUUUAAAAUAUUUUUUUAAACUUCAACUUUAAAUGCAGCAGUGUCACUUUUUUCUAUUGCUCUAUAACACUUCUUCCUGUUUAAUAGUAUUAUUUUAAUCUUGGCAUCUCCUAUGACUCGAUUAAAAAGCUUUUGGAGAUUAUCUUUUGCCCCAGUUUGCGAGUCCACUUCAUAGAUAAAAGCCUAUACAAGAAAAGGCCUUUAGAAUUGUUAUAAUUUUUAUCUAUUAUGAUUUCCAAACCUUUUUUGAGCUUUUUGCUUAUAUAUUAUGCUUUCAAUUGAUGUUUCCCUGAAAGAAUUCACGACUAAUUGUUAUUAAAAUACAGCCACAAUUUUUGCACUCCUUUCUUGAAUCUGGUGUUGUACUUUUGUCUUCCUGCUAUUCAAUAUCUAUGGCCAAUGUGAUCAUAAAUGAUUAAAACAAAGUUAUAAGUUACAGAAUAAAA